UUUUAUGCACGUUUGAUGAUAGUUGGAUAUGUGACAUUCGCAUAUUGUCAUGUUUAAGACUUUCUAUGGAAUAUUUGCCAGUGUUUGGUCAAUAUUGAACGCUUUACGAUGCAUUACUCCCACAUGUUCAGACCACAAAGCUGAAGAAGCUCCUUCUGAAUUUUAACGAAUCUUGUAACUUGGCUAGCCAAAGAGUGUUUCCUAGCUAACUAAGUUGAUGAUGUCUUUUUAAAAGCGUUUAAAACCAUGGCAGCGGAAGAUAGAUCUUGCAAAGAGUUCAUGGACUGGGAACUUGACAUCUCGUCAUCUAAUGGAUUAACGUUAAAACAGGAGAAACAACUUUCUGCCUCACAAAGGAGGUACUAUAGCUUCUGUAGGAGGAAGUCAUUUGCUGCUUUUGUGGCAUCCAAGAGGGAUGACCAUCAGGAGGAAGGAAGCACAUCUUGGCGCUGCUGCAGCCAGACCUUUAAAGAACACUCCGCCAUUCACAAACAUGUGGCCAGGACUCAUGAUGCUGAAACACAGCAGCUCACACAGGCCGCAUAUGAGCAUUUGUUAAGCCAGCUGGAAGAAGAAUCUGAAUCACAGCAGCCGAAUGAGCGUGAAGCUGAGCCAGCGGACAUUUCUGCAUGGAUACCCGAGACAGGUCACAUCUCUGAGGAACAACUUCAAAAGGGUCUUGGGAAGGUUCUGCUCUAUUAUCACUACUGUCAAGUGGAAGAUCCACAUGUCAUCUGUGCUUGGCAGAAAGCUUUGUGUGAGAAACUCCACUUAACUGGCAAGGUGAGGGUGGCGACUGAAGGCAUCAAUGGAACAGUUGGUGGCACCAACAUGGCCACUGACAUUUACAUCGACGCCAUGUGUUCACACCCUCUCUUUAAGAUGGAUAAGGUGGAUUUUAAGACAAGUGAUGGCGGUGCAGAGUGUUUUAUAGACCUGAGGGUCGGGGUCUAUAAGGAAAUUGUCCCAAUGGGAGUGGAUCCUGAUGUUAUUUCCUACCGACUGGCAGGGGUUCAUUUAGAGCCAGAGGAGUUUCAUAAAGAAGUGGAGGCUCUUUUGGCUGAAGGGGAUUUGUGCAAUGACACCAUCCUCUUGGACUGCCGCAAUUUUUAUGAGAGUAAAAUUGGGCAGUUUACGCAGUGUUUGGCUCCAAACAUCCGUAAGUUUAGCUACUUCCCAGACUACAUCGACCAGAACCUCGAACUGUUCAGAGACAAGAAGGUGUUAAUGUACUGCACAGGAGGGAUCCGCUGUGAGCGCGGCUCUGCCUACCUCCGCUCGAAAGAUGUGUGUAAAGAGGUUUACCAGCUGAAAGGUGGAAUCCACAAGUAUCUGGAGAGAUUUCCAGAGGGUUUCUAUCGAGGGAAGCUUUUUGUGUUUGAUGAACGUUACGCUAUCUCCUCCAACAAUGACAUCAUCUCAGACUGCAGGUACUGCCACUGUCCCUGGGACCAGUACGAGCUCUGUUCCACCCAGUUCUGCUGUCAGCUGGUUCUGUCCUGUUCGGGCUGCAGGCAGGACGGACACACCGCCUGCUGCCCCACCUGCCAGGACAAAGGACAAGCCCAGAGCAAGGCAUCCCCCGCUGUUCUGCAUCACAAAGAGGAGUGCGAGUGUACUGGUGGACGUCCCAGGAUCCCUCAGGAUGUGUAGCGAUGGAAAGGUUUUGACUGAACAUCAGUGCUUGCAGCCACAUGUAAAUGCUGCCUGUCCUGGCAUAUUAAUCAGAAUGUACAACUAGAAUUUGUGGAGGGUGUCCAGUGUAUUUUAAAUCCACCAAUUUUUUAUAUGAAUGUUGGAAAUUAAAUCAGAUUCACUGUAUUUGCUCUGACAGACAGAGCCAUCCACAAAUCUGAUAUUUGAUUUAAAAAAACCUUUAUAAUCUUUUAUUGCAAAAAUGUAAGAAUGCACCUGCAAAAUCAAUGACUUUUAUUACAAGAACUUCAUAAAACUGGAAUGCCUCAAUGUAGAUAUGAAAGCUAUGUGUGUAUUUGUGUUAAAAAAGAAGGGGGGAGUUUCCUUAUUCUUUAUUUUUCAAAAUCAGUGCUAUGUUUUUUUUGUUCCGAACAGUAAUGGUAAUGUCAAAUUAAAAUUAUUUGAAGUUAUGCUGUAUAUAAAGUAGAUACAUAUUGAUCAUGCAGUCUCUGACCAAAGCAGGUUACUGACACUAGAAGUGUCACUAAAACACUUGCAAACCACAUGCAGCAGCACACCUGUGUGCCUUACUUGGAAUGACACAUUUUUCACAGGCUUCGCCUCAGCUUAUCUGAGUGUAAGCCUGUCUGCAUGAAACUAUGCAAAAGCAGGCCUCAAGUAAUGCCAGGUGUAGAGUUAAGUCUUACUUUCAGCAGAUCUCAGCAUGAGUGAUAUUAAUCCCUGAGCCCUCAUGAAUAAAGAUAAAGUUUCACAUCAUUUUACUUUACAUGUUUUAUGCAAGUAUGGAAGCCCAUAGUGGACUAUAUUAAAAAAAAAAAGACACAAAAUAACACAACACAACACAAUAGUACCAUGAUUUUUCAUUUUUGUUUUUGUUAUUUGGGUAAAGAUUAAAAGGGAAAUGUAACAGCUGUUUGACAUAUCAUUUUCAAAGACUUAACCUGUUCUGAAGUGGCGAUAUUCAAAAGCAAGUGACGCAGCACUCUUACAUGUCAGUGUUGGUUGUUUGAUGACAAAAACGCAUUUACAUGUCAUCAUAGUAUUAUUGUGAACCUACAAUUUGUGCAUUGUGCAAAUAUCUUUGCAAAUACUUAUUUGCAGAAAUGAGGAGUCGAGGUAGUAUUGUGACUUGUUGAGUCCAA